CCAAAAUCCAUGAAGAGAUUGAUCAGGUCAUUGGCAAAAACCGGCCCCCCAAGUUUGAGGAUCGACUGAAGAUGCCCUACACAGAGGCUGUGAUUCAUGAGAUCCAGAGAUUUGCAGAUAUGAUCCCCAUGGGGCUGGCCCGCAGGGUCACCAAGGACACCAAGUUCCGGGAGUUCUUCCUGCCCAAGGGUACGGAAGUGUUCCCCAUGCUGGGCUCUGUGCUGAGAGACCCCAAGUUCUUCUCCAACCCCCAGGAUUUCAACCCUCACCACUUCCUGGAUGACAAAGGACAGUUUAAGAAGAGUGAUGCUUUUGUUCCCUUUUCCAUUG